CAGCGGCGACCAGCAAGCAGCAAGCGCCGAGCGGCCAAUUUUUCCCGUCCGUCCGUCGCGUGGUCCGGUAGUGUAGGAGUGUGACGGCCCGGGAGCACGUCGAGCAGAGACGAGCCGAGCGGUGGCCAGCGUGCCGGUGCGACACACGCGGAGCAGACCGCCCGACGCGACGUCAACAACGCCGAGUUCCUGCUGAGCGGUGGCCAGGGGUCGACGCGCGCGCGUGCACCAGCAGACGAUUAGAAAAGUUCUUCAGCUUGUGUUCGGUGAGGUGAUCGGGGGUGACCCGGGAGGUGGCCCAGUGGAAAAUUAGUCCCCCGCAGCAGCCUCACCGGCUGACCACCGGGGCGGCGUCUAGCGCCACCAGCACUAACCUCUGCAGCACUUCGCCGCCGUCAGUGGGAUGGUGGAGGUUGUGCAGGGCCACCGAGCCAUCAGCUGACAGUGACUGAGGAGACCGCGCUCGCCGAGGCCCGCGCUCAACCCCGACUGAGAGAGCCGCUCUUGCCGUCGCGGCCGAGACCUUCACCACCCCAAACACCAAGACAAGGCCCAAGAGGAUGGAGCUGGACAGCGCACUCGAGCAGCUGGGCCAUUGGGGGAAGUUCCAGCUCAUCAGCUAUGGACUGUUGUGCGUGCCCAUCGUCUUCCACGCCGUCUUCUACCUCACCUACGUGUUCACGGCCAUGCAGGUGGAGCACAGAUGUCUAAUCCCCGAGUGUGGCGAGGACCCGCUGCAGACGGAGUUCCGGCCGCCAUGGCUGACCUCGGCCGUGCCCUUCGACUCGGGCCGGCCGGUCGGCUGCCACCGCUACGAGGCCGUGCAGGGCGCCGUGCUGCCGGAGAACGGCUCGUGCGUCGCCUCCAUGUUCAGGGACGACGUUCAGGUGGCGUGCACCGAGUGGGUGUACCCCAAGGCCACGCUGUCCAUCAUGAGUGAGUGGAACAUGACGUGUGACGGCAACAGCCACUGGAUGCUGUCGCUUGUCGGCACCAUCAACAACAUCGGCCGUCUCUUCGGCAUGCCGAUUGCCGGGUUUGUGUCGGACAGGUACGGGCGGCGCACCAUCCUGCUGCUGGGCCUGGGGCUGGCCGGGGUCAUGGGCAUGCUGCGCUCGUACGCCACCAACUACGUCUUCUUCCUGGCGUUCGAGUUCCUCGACCCGCUGUUCAACGCGGGCCUGUACAGCGCCUCGUUCAUCCUGGGCAUGGAGCUGAUGGGCCCGCAGAAGCGCGUCAUGUGGAGCGCCUUCACGCACUCGGUGUACGCCGUGGGCGAGGCGCUGCUCGGCGGCGUGGCCUGGGCGCUGCAGGACUGGCGCUGGAUCCUCCGCGCCUUCUACGGACCCGCCAUCCUCUCCCUCGCCGUGCUGUGGAUGUUGCCGGAGUCCGUCCGAUGGCUGUGCUCAAAGGGCCGCACCAAGGAAGCCAGGAUCAUCAUAAGAAGGGCGGCUGUCAUGAACAAGAUGUCUACCAAACAAUUGGACCUGGAAGAGAUGAAAGCCAGCAUUGCGGAAGAGGCAAAGGCAAAGAAGGCGUUCAAAGACGACGACAGAGAGGACACGCCGUCUACGUGGUGGGCCCUGAAGGAGACGUUCAAGUCCAAGGUUCUGCGGGUUCGACUCCUGACGUGCUCGUUCUGCUGGAUUACAAACACGUUCGUCUACUACGGGCUGUCCCUCAAUUCGGUGAGCGUCUCGGGCAACCUGUACCUCAACUUCAUGCUGGUGUGCCUGAUCGAGGUGCCAGCCGGGCUCGUCACGUGGAUGCUCAUGGAGCGGGUGGGCCGGCGCAUGUCCAUGUGCGCCUCGCUCGUGCUCACCGGCCUGUCCUGCCUGGCGUUCCUGCUGAUGCCCGACACGGAGGUGUGGCAGUGGAUUCGCAUCGUUACUUAUCUCAUCGGCAAAUUCGGCAUCACCGUAUCCUACACGGUGCUGUACGUGCUGACGGCUGAACUAUUUCCCACGAAUGUGCGCCACUCUCUAUUUGCCAUGUGCUCGGCAUUUGGCCGCAUUGGCUCCAUCAUCGCACCGCAGGCCCCACUCCUGAACCGCAUUCUGGAGUCGCUGCCCGUGAUCCUGUUCGGCACCAUGUCGUUGAUUAGUGGUCUACUCGCGCUCGUCUUCCCGGAGACGCACAACACCAAGCUGCCGGACACAAUCGAGGAGGCGGAGAACAUCGGUAAAUCGAAGAAGAAAGGCGGCGGGGCCGACACCCCCACCGCUAACGGGGGUAGCGGGGACGUGAUCGUGGACAUUACCGGCGACCUCAAGCACCCCGUAAAGAAGACAUCGGUAACCGCGCGCCCGACACGCAUCUCGGUAACGAGCAUGUCGGGUAGGCCGCACAAGAAGACGUCGGUGUGCAGCAUGGGCACGGUGCAGGUCACCGUCCCCGAGAAGGGCAGCACGACGCCGACAGCGGCUCAGCAGGCCGCCCCUGCAGAGAACAGCAGCGCACCGACAAGCCCUGCCGCCGAGCCGGAGACUGUGACAGUGCACCUGUAAUUUUGCCCCC